AUGUCGCCGUUGCCGCCUGUGAGGAGUCACUCUAGCAGCCUUGAAGGCAAGCUAGGCAAGAGCACUGAAGAGAAGGAGAGGAAGUCCAUCCAAGCAGCGGUUGAAAGCUAUUAUGCGCUACCGGGCGUGCCAGACGAGGAGCUUGAGUCAGUGGAGCUGCAAGAUUUUUUCGAUGAGAAUGGCGUGAUUGCUCCAGACUCGCCAAAAAAACUGGGGCCUAGUUGCCUCCUUGCGAAAGCCGCUCUCAAGGAGCAAGCCUUCGCUGGAGAAGCAUGGAUCGUUGUCCACGCGGCAGCAACUACUAAAUUCCCAGAAUUCGCUGGAAUAUGCACGGAAGAGGGCGGAAUAUCAGCGUAA